CAAAAAGUAAAUGCGACUGAGGGGCAACCCAUCUUUUGAGGACGCAUUUGGAGAUUUGGAGAAUCUCAUGCAUCUAUGACUCUAACGAGUGACUCGAUUUGACACUCGAAAGCUAUAACAUUGAACCCACAACCUUACAACCAUCAAACAUUUUCAGGCCUUUUCUUCUGUCCACCCACAGCUGGUCUACUAAACAACCAACGUCAUGCCCGCCAUCGAAGGAAAGCCGGCGCAACCGGUCGCAAACCAAGAUGACGAAAUCAUCUUCCCUCCUGUCACCAGGGAACACAUCCUUCACUGUUCUUACGAUUACUGGUUCCCAAAAUAUCGCACAUCCUGUAUCCGUUCCGAAAUCAUCCCCCUCACCCCCGACUUCGUCUCCUACAUCCACGAAGACGGCAUAGUCCUCGCCGACGACCCCUUCUCCGAUCCCAACCAGGAGCAAGACGAAGACGACGACUGGGAACCAACCAACCCCUCCUCCGACUUCCCACCACCCCCCCGCGACCCCCGCGAUGAAUCCGGCUCCGAAGACGACGACGAUGACGAACCCACCACCGCCCGCCUCCCCCCAAACCAACGCUUCCCCGAACUCCACCAGAAAAUCGAGAGCACCAUCGCCCAACUCGGCGGCUCCGUAGCCCCCAAGCUGAACUGGUCCUCCCCACGAGAUGCCACUUGGAUCUCCCGGCACCCCAACACAAUAAAGUGCACCUCGGCCAACGACAUUUACAUCCUCCUCAAGUCCUCCUCUUUCAUCUCGCACGACCUCGACCACGCCUUUGACGACUGCGCCCCUACUACCACCUCCCAGUCGUCACCACCAUUUCAGCCCGUCUUGGUUCUGAGGAGUUACUUCAACAUUUUGCCGUCAUUGGAAUUCAGGUGUUUUGUCAAGGACAGAAACCUGGUGGCUAUCACGCAGCGCGACCCGAACUACUACCCCUUUUUGAGGAGUCUGCGGCCGCAUAUUGUGUCUCGAAUCAGGGAGUUGUUUACAAAGAAGUUGAAGUUUACGUUUCCGGAGGCGGACUUUUCGUUUGAUGCUUAUAUUCCUGAGGCGUCCUACGAUGAUGAGGUCAAUCGCUUAGGGAGGGCCAGGCUGAUUGAUAUUAACCCCUGGGCUCCAAGGACGGAUACUAUUCUUUUUGGGUGGGAUGAGUUGCUUGAGAUUAAUGUUAAAAGGCCGGUUAUUGGGGGGCCGAUGUCGACGCAGGAGCAGGAUGGGAGUGAGGUGGAGGGUGAAAGUGAUGAUGAUGAGGAAGGUGAGGAGGAGGAUAGGCCGGAGUUGAGGUUGGUGGAGAAGGAUGAUCCGGCCGCGUAUAACUUCUCGAGCCCGGCGUUUUCGGCGCAUAAGUUGCCGAAGGAUGUGGUGGAUGCUAGUCAGGCUGGGGAGGGGGGGGGGAUGAGGGAGUUGGCGGAGACUUUGAGGGAGUUUGAGAGGGGGAGAAGGGAGGGGGUUCAGCAGGGAGGGCAGGGGAGGGUGGAGGAGGUGACGGAGGAGCCGCGGGAGCAAGUAGGCGGGUCAGUGUAAAUUUGAAGGGGAGUAGACGAGUUCAAUCUUCUUUGAUUUUCUACUUUGAGGCACAAUCACGAGGGUGAAUGAAAAGUGGUGCAGUCGCCAACCCACAAAACUUCAGGUACAUGUUCACUAGAACAAGGCCAGGAAUCUUUUUGGGGGAAAUUUUAGCGUGAAAGAAUGUCAGGUCCCAGUCCAAAUACACGACAAAUCGGGUCAUUGACAUAUGUCACGCAUUGCCCUCGCUAUCGACAUGUGAUGCAGAGCGUUGUGGGAAAUAUUUUAGCGUGAAAGAAGGAGAGGCUCAGAAGGUGUAAGAUCUCGGGAGAGAAAGACAUACCCAGAAGCUCAAGA